CAUAGCCUGCUAUGGCGUUGUGUAGCGGCGUUAGAAACAGAAGUCUGUUAAACUGGUCGGUGACUCAGGCUGGAGUACGACAUGUGGAGAAAAAAAAAAGGAAACUCAAAAAGGAAACCCAUAGACGAAGAUUGUCCAGGUGCAUGCCACUGACUCGUGCUGUCAAGUACGAGUAAUCAGAACGAUGCCAUCUGAGUUAUUGCUCACUAUCUGUUCUGUAUGAGAAAAGACAUGCACCAACACCUGAAAACCCCUUUAUAAUUAGAUGCCUGGAAAAAAAAUGUACAGGAUUUGAAACUCUUGAUAUGCAGAUUGGGUCUCCCGCACUGAAAUAAAAAAAGAAAAAAUGAUGAAAACAGAAGCAUCAGGAGAAAGAUCAACCCUUCGAAGUGCCUCUCCUCACCGGAAUGCGUACAAGACUGAAUUUCAGGCACUCAAAAGCACAUUUGACAAGCCCAGAAUCGAUGGAGAACAAAAACCAAAGGCAGGAACUCAGAACACUCAGCAGACUAGAGGGAGAAGAUAUGGCUCCAAUGUCAAUAGGAUCAAGAAUAUAUUUAUGCAAAUGGAAACAGGACCAAAUGAGAGUACUGGGACUCCAUCAAAGGUGAAGGGAAAACUAGGAACUUCUCCUCAAAAGAUACAAAAACCCAAAGACUUUGUGGAUAAAGUGGAUGGAUCGAUUGUAAAACUGGUAACCACAGUUGGCAAGCAGGUUAGCAAAUGUGACACUCGUCAGGAUGGCCCCUGUCAUUCCAAAUUCUCUGAAACGCGGAAGAUGUUUGAGCAGACAAUCAGCAUGACAUCUGAAUACCAUUCUUUAAACAAGGACAGAAAAGGUUCUCAAGAGUGUUUGGAUGACUGGAGGGUAUCCCGGUCUAACAGAAGCAGCACAGAUUCUCUGGACAGUUUGUGUUCAAGGACAGAGGCCUCUUCUCCAACAGUAAGCCAGCUCAGCGCAGUGUUUGAAAAUGCUCAACAAGAAAAUGGAAGCUUGUUGGAAAAGUCUGAUGAUGGGGGACACAACAUGGUUAGUGAGGAGGACUCUAGCCUGCAGCAAUCGCAAGUUCAAAGAAAUCAGGAUUUUGUUGAGCGUAAGCAAAGAAUUCCACCUUCAUCAUCUUCAGAGGACCUCUUAAGCUCUUGUCCUUUGUCAGAUAAAACAGAAGAAAUGAGUGAGCUGGGAACUGGGGGGCAAGACUUUGUUCUUAGUAACACUGUUGAUUUAGACGCUUUGUCUAGCACUAGACCAGAGGGAACAGCGGCAGAUACAGAUUGUCGAUUAUCACAAUGUCCUGACCUCCAAGACACUGAGGGUACUGGCUUCAGUUCUACCUGGAUUUCUGAUGACCAUGUAAAUGUCUUGCAUGUAGGGUACGCAGAAAACAAGAAGUUAGUUGAUACUCCUGAUGGAGACAUUUGCAAUCAGGGUUGGGGUGAAAGCUAUACAGAACCUGAGGAUCAAGAAGGCAGUGAUGAGAUCAAAUAUUAUGAAUUGGAUAACGAGACUUGGGAAAUACCUGGCUUGCCUGAAGGAGAAGAAAAAGAAGAAGAGAUCCCAUCAAAUAGAAAAAUUCGAUUUAGCACAGCUCCAAUCAAGGUCUUCAAUACAUAUUCAAAUGAAGAUUAUGACAGGAGGAAUGAGGAGGUGGACCCAGUGGCUGCCUCAGCAGAAUAUGAGCUUGAAAAGCGUGUGGAAAGGCUGGACCUUUUCCCUGUCGAGUUUGAAAAAGGUGAGGAAGGCCUGGGGAUCAGUAUCAUUGGCAUGGGAGUUGGAGCUGAUGCAGGUCUGGAAAAACUUGGCAUUUUCGUAAAAACGGUCAUAGAAGGAGGAGCAGCUCAGAGGCAUGGCAGAAUCCAGGUUAAUGACCAGAUUGUGGAGGUGGAUGGAAUCAGCCUGGUGGGAGUAACACAGAACUUUGCUGCUGCUGUCCUGAGAAACACAAAAGGCACAGUCAGGUUCCUUAUUGGACGAGAAAAACCUGGACAGACCAGUGAGGUUGCUCAUUUAAUAAGCCAGACUCUGGAGCAGGAGCGACGUCAGAGAGAGAUGAUGGAGCAGCACUAUGCACAGUAUGAUGCUGAUGAUGAUGAGACGGGGGAAUACGCCACAGAUGAUGAAGAGGAUGACACAGCCCCAGAACUCAAAGGUGCAGAAAUGGCAAUAGAAGUUUUUGACCUGCCUGAAACUGAGGAUAUGUUUUCCCCAACAGAGCUGGACACCACAAAACUUUCCCAUAAAUUCCGAGAGUUACAAAUCAAGCAUGCUGUCACUGAAGCAGAAAUUCAGAAGCUGAAGCACAAGUUGCAGACUGCUGAAAGUGAGAAAGUCCAAUGGGAGUGUGAGAAGAACCAUCUGAAACAAAGCAUUGAGGACAACAAGAGUAGGAUGCUGCAGCUGGAGAGUUACUGGAUUGAGGCGCAGACUCUCUGCCACACCGUCAACGAGCAUCUCAAAGAGACCCAGAGCCAGUACCAGGCCUUGGAGAAGAAAUACAACAAAGCAAAGAAACUCAUAAAGGACUUUCAGCAAAAGGAAGUAGAUUUUCUCAAACAUGAAGAACUUGAAAGGAAGAAGUUUGAAGAGACAGAGAGAGCACACCUGAUAGAGAUCAAGGGACUGCAAGCCCGGAUCUCGGAUCUGGAGCUGGAACUCCUUAGACUGAUGAAGCAAAAUGGGACUCAGGUGAACAACAACAAUAAUAUUGCAGAGCGCCAGUCCUCCCAUGGGGUUGUGAGGAGAGGUCCUUCACAAGAAGCAAUAGAAAGCUUGGAAGGAGGGCAGAAGUCUUGCCAGAUUGGCCCAAACGGGGAUUUUAAUGAAGCCGUCCCUGAAACAGAAAGGCUAGACAGUAAUGUGUUGAAGGCACGGGUGCAGCUUUCGGUGAAGAGUAAAAGACACAGGCCCUCACGAGCCAGGCUGCGGGACAGUGUCAGCUCCACUGAUGGGGAGGACAGCCUGGAGAGGAGGGCUUCAGAUGGUUCUGGCAGUCCCUUGCACAGUGCCAGGUCCCCUCUCCCUGUGACUCUGAGAACAUGUUCACCUCCAUCAGACUCAGACGCCUCCACCCUGUCCUCUGCGGCCCUCUCAUCUGAAUGUACACCAAAAAACCAAGUGAAAGGGCAAGAGCAGGCUGGGAAUACUUACAGAGAGACAUUUGUAGACACGCCCACUUCACCCCCCUUCAAGUCAUGCUGCAGCUCGGAUGCAUCUCUGCACCGUCAUCCACAGCAGAAUAAAGAAGAUCUUCAGUCUCCAGUGCUUUCCAGUCCUUCCCUCGGACAGGAAGAAAAGACAAAAAGAAAGCUUAUUGACCUUGGGGCUCCCCAGCGAUGGAGCUCUGGCAAAGGGAAGAAGGGGAGCGAGAAUGGUAAAGAAACUAAAAGGUUGUCAUCUGGAAGCAGGGCAUCUAAAGAGACCCAGGAACGCUCAAUGAGUACAACCUCCUCAGAGGGAGCGACCUCCUCCCCCCUGCGCCCUUGUGUACCGCUCCCCUGGUUUGGAGAAGGGGCCAAGGAUUCUGCAUCAUCAAGCAACUUUCCCUCUCCCACUAGUUCGACGGAGCCUUCCUCUGAAAACAGCCUAGAAAAACACAAAGCCAAGAGAGUCCUGCACUGGCCAUAUUUCUUCUCAUAUUCAUAUAACUUGAAUUUCAAUGAUGAUUUAAGUCCCAGUAGCACAAGCUCUACAAAUGUUGAUGGUUUGGUAGCAGAACCUAAAAUAACAGGUCGAUCGCACACCUUGGUUUUGUCAUCGGAUGAGAGCUUGGAUAUGAUAGAUGAUGAGAUUCUUGAUGAGGGACAGUCACCCAAACACAACCAGUGGCAGAAUCGAGCUGUUCUCGAAUGGAGCUGCCAGCAGGUUUCACAUUGGUUGAUGGGACUAAACUUGGAACAACACAUACCAGAGUUCACUGCCAAAAACAUUGAUGGGGAGGAGCUUCUUCAGCUAGAUGGGAGCAAACUGAAGUCCCUUGGUGUGACUACUUCACAAGACCGAGUACUCCUCAAAAAGAAAAUUAAAGACCUGAGGGUAUUCAUGGACAAGGCUCGCAAGACCAGAGAGAAACUGGAAAAGCACAGGGAAAAGCUACGCAAGAAAGAACAAGAGCACCUGCAGAAGCAAGCUAAAGCAGGCAAGCCCUUAGCAGGACCAACAGAGGGCAGCACUGAGUAAAACUUCAACCGCACUCGUACAGUAUUUGCUGUUUACAAGAAACGGGGCAAGAUCUGAAGAGAGAGACUAUUUUUUUCCCCAGUCAACUGUGCUUUUGAGGAUUGUGAUACCUAAAAGACAAACCUGGACUUUCUUAAUACUACAGUAUUACUAAUGAUCUUACAAAUACAACUUAGGGGUGAGGUGGAAAUUCAGAUGUCCUUCUAUUGCUUCGGUUAUUUUAUUUUAAUUUAAAAAAAAGAAAAAAAUUAAAACAACUUACAGAUUGAUCACCAGGUCGGCCCACUUUUUAGAUUUUUGCUGCAAUUUCUUGUGCUCAGUUGUAUGUCUUUAAAUGACCUUUAGCUGCAGUUGGACUUUUGGAACAGGGUUGAUCCCCUCACAAUCAUCCUACAUCAGCUUCAUCAGGAAGCCAACCAAGCAACAGCAAGGUGAACUGCCUCUUUAUGAAAGUGCAGUAGAGUUUCUUCAUGUUGGGGUGAUCUUACCAUCUGUACCAGUAUCUCAACAGUGUACAUGAACUGUAUUUGUUAACUAAUACUAUUACUGGAUUACUGUUCUGAAUUAUACUGUAUGUCUUGAUUCAGUGGUCUGUGUUAUACUUUUGUCUUAAUUGAAACAAUGUGGUAUCAUUUUAGUAAGAUAGAAAUUGUAAAAAUGGCAUGUUCACAAUAUUGUACAUGUAUAUCUGAGUAACUCUGGUGUCUAUCAAUAUGAGCUUGCUGGUGUUCUGUAAAUGACAAAGCUGGUACCCGUGGGGUCAUUUUCAUGUUUGUUUUUUAAUUUAAAAGUACAGGUCUGGUCUUUUAAUAAUGUGUUUUACUACGAUUCUUAAAAGCGUAAUCCCCUGUCUGUAAAUUGCUAUAAUUGUAUUACUUGUUCUUGCAAUUGUUAACAAACAUUAUCACCCUUGUUUAUAUAUUUUUUUCAUUUCUAUUAUUUUAAUUUUCAAAUUGCUUGAUUUAUUUUAAACUGAUGGAUCAAUUGCAUAGCAAAUAUAAGUCUUAAGACAAAGAUUGUGGAUAUUAAUGGUUUUACAUGUGUUAGUCAUGAAGCAAUAUUGAUGGACGUCUGGAGGAUGUUGCCUGGUAUGCAUUGAGUCAACCUCUUACUUGUAUAUAUCCCCAGUCCAUGCGUUUGUUCUUACUGAAUUCUGAGCAGACACAAGUCAUUUGCACAGCUCUGUGGGUUUACUAUUAUUGUUUUCUGUCUGCUGUUCAUUUUUUCAUAGUGAGGUGCAGCUGACAUAACACUUUAAUAUGCUUAAGCUUAAUGGUAUUUAAAUUACACUGGAGCAAUCUGCAGGUGCAAACAAAGGGUUUGAGGGAAUUGAUGAAAAAAAAAGUCAAGUUUACUUCAGAAGUUCUAAUUAAUAAAGCUGAAUGUUUUAAAAAGCUGAGUCACAUGUUUAAGCGUACAUGGAUCAAUUUACACAGUAUAUCUCAAACCAUACCAACUUUUUAAAGCUAUUUAAGUGAUUAUUUGUUUUUAAGUGUAAGAGGAGCUACAUAUUCAGAAUGCUAAUUUAUUUCUUAGCAGAUCCAGGGGGACUUAUAGUUGUUUCAAAAUAUCACAUUAUAGAUAAGAGCAGUUUAUGAAAUACAAAUAAAUGAUGAGGCCUGUCGAGUUGUUUAUCAUAGAAUUGGGAAUUUUCACCUCCGAGUUCACUGCACUUAAAAACAAAUUGUUGCUUUUAUAUACCAUUACUUUAUAUAAAAAAGAAACCUUAAAAAACGUGUUCUACUUACUUUCUUUAGCUUUUUUUGUUAUUGUAUACCUGAAUAAACCAAGACCUUUUUUCUCUGCUUUCUUCUGUGGUAGUCUCCAUGGUUGCCAUAGUGGUAGAAUUUGUUUUCCCGCUUAAACUAGUUCCAUUUCAUACACUACAGAAAUCACAAGCUGUUGACAUAACUGAUUGUAACGGAGUGAUCCGAUUGGUUUAAUUGGUUGUGAUGGUGUAUAAUA